UCGACUCCGCGCUCUUCUGCAAUAAUCCUAUAAAAACUAUCGCAUACCAUCAUUCUUUCAUAAGAUAUGAACGCUUACGGGUAUCCAAAACCGCAGUACGGAAAGCGACUACUGGUUAAUAUAGUGGACGAGUAUGCAGCCUACGAACCAGAGCGUAUUUUUGUCUACCAGCCAUAUUCCAGCAACCUCGAAGAUGGUUAUCGCCCUAUUACCUUUAGAGAAACUUCCAGAGCUGUGAACCACCUUGCUGUCGAAUUACUCCAGCAGACACAAGAUGCCGCUUAUGAGAAGGACAGCUUUCCUACUGUGGCUUAUAUUGGGCCAAGCGAUAUACGGUAUGCCAUAGUGAUGCUUGCCUGCAUAAAGGCUCAUCGCCAGGCGUUAUUCAUCUCCCCUCGCAACAGUCUUGAAGCACAGCUUUCGCUCUUCAAAAGAACACAAUGCGCUCAAAUAUUGUAUGAGUCCUCGAUGCAAUCCACUGUAGAGCCAUGGCUUCAAUUCUAUCCUAUGCCAGCGAAAGCAGUUCCUCCUCUUGAAGUUUGGCUUCAGUCGACGGCUUCUCAUGUGCCAUACAAUGUAUCAUUUGAAGAGGCUAGAUGGCAUCCUUUGGCUGUUCUCCAUACCUCUGGCUCCACGGGCAUUCCAAAGCCUGUAACUGUUCGCCAGGGAAGCGCUGCUAUUGUCGACGACCUACGAGAAGUAUAUAUGGACGGUUCUCCUGUACUAUGGUCUUACCUUCCGAGCCAUUGUUCGAAAAUAUUCGCACCGAUGCCGUCGUUCCAUAUGGCAGGAGUCGCUUGUAUGUCAUUUUUUGGAAUUUAUUUUGGAACUAAAAUAUUUCUGGGAGUGCCAAAUCGCCCUCUAAACGCGGACAUUGUUGCCGAAUGCCUAAAGAUCACGCAUUGCGAUGCAGCUGUUCUUCCCCCAUCUAUUAUUGAAGAUAUGAGUACCAACGAAGAACAUGUUAGGCUUUUAGCCAAUCUUAAGUUGACUGGCUUUGGUGGAGGUAAUCUAUCUCCUUCAGUAGGGGAUGAGCUUGUGAGAAAAGGUGUUAAAUUUGGAAAUGCUAUAGCUUCUACCGAGGUUGCACCAUAUGUUAUACAUCAUCAGCCCGACCCCAAGUUAUGGCAGUGGUUUAUCAUUAACGCUGAAGAAAUGGGUGCUGACUUUCGUCUGAUAGCAGAUGAUGAUGUUUACGAAAUGUUUAUUGUUCGAAAGGACCCAAAAGAAGCUAUGCGGCAACCGCUCUUUUAUACUUUCCCUGAUAAGACCGAGUGGUCAACAGGUGAUAUGUAUAAAAAACAUCCAACCAAGCCAAAUCAUUGGCAAUACUAUGGUCGUACUGACAACGUCAUAGUCUUCUCAACCGGCGAGAAGCUCAAUCCUGUGACAAUUGAGGCUGCCGUAGUGGGCCAUCCUGCAAUCAGAGGCGCACUUGUGGUGGGACAGCAAAGGUUGCAGCCCGCCCUGAUUUUGGAACCACACGAAUUUCCAAAAGACGAGACAGCAGCCAAAUCUCUUAUUGAGGGCGUAUGGCCCAUUGUUGCAGACGUAAAUAAAGUCACCGUGGCUCAUGGAAGAAUUGUCCGUGAUAUGGUCGUUCUUGCAGAUCCUAAAAUGCCAUUUUCAAUCUCGGGGAAAGGCUCGAUACAACGAAUGGCAACUGUCACAACAUAUAAAGAUUUUAUUGAUGGACUCUAUGCACAGCAAGACGAAGGUAUUGAUAUGGGCGAUGCGAUUUCUUUAGAUACUACUAGUCCAGAGGCCAUGGCACAGUCUAUCUUGGAUAUUGUCAGAUCUCAGAUUCACAAGCCAGUUGUCAACAUUGAAGCGGAUCUUUUUAGCACCGGGAUGGACUCGAUGGAAGUUAUUACUCUUUCAAAGAUACUUCGAUCUACCCUAGAGACUGCUGGUGUAAAGGUUGUUAAGGAUACCGCUGCGCCUCGAAUUAUUUACGCAAACUCGACAAUUAAAGGACUGGCGGAGCAUUUAUAUUCCUCGGCCAUCACUGGAAGUUCCGACGAAGAUGCUGAAGCAAAGGAAAUCGGUGCUUUAGCGAAACUCAUCUCCAAAUACACCAAGGACCUCCCGUCUCCAAACACGAAUCAGCCCAAUCCUUUGGAUGAACAUCAGACAAUUGUCAUAACGGGCACUACAGGGUCUCUUGGGGCCUACAUGCUCGACCUUCUAAUAAAAAAUCCUCGAGUGGCAAAAAUUCUUGCGUUCAACCGUGGCCAAGAUGGAGGUAGCUACCGCCAACCAGCAUACAAUGCAUAUCGUGGGUUAAGUACAGAUUUUUCAAAAGUCGAAUUCCUUGCUGUGGAUCUUUCCAAGCCAUAUUUCGGCCUCCAUCUGGAGAAAUACAACGACAUCCUAGCUACAACAGACCGUAUUAUUCACAACGCAUGGCCUGUCAACUUUAACAUUAGCGUCAGUUCGUUUGAACCUUACAUUUUUGGCGUGCGCCAACUUGUGAAUUUCUCCAACAAAGCAGCCAAGAGAGUCCCAAUUAUAUACAUAUCAAGUAUUGGUACCGUUGGUGGCUGGGUGCGUCCAGAACCAAUUCCUGAACGCCGCCUCGAGGAUUUGACUCUGCCCGCCAUGGGCUACGGCCGGUCAAAGUUCGCCGCAAGUUCUAUUUUAGAUGCAGCUGUUGAGCAAUCGGGUAUCUUGGCUGCUGUUAUUCGCGUAGGACAAAUUGCUGGUGCGCGAGCCAAAAAAGGCGUGUGGAAUCCCCAAGAGUUUAUCCCGAGCUUGAUUGCAAGCUCAGUGCAUCUCGGAGUGCUUCCAUCUCGACCAAGUAGCACAGAUGUUGUGGACUGGACGCCCGUCGAAGAUAUUGCUGGCCUAGUUUUAGAUGUCGCCGGAAUCACCGAAAAGAUUGAUCCAUCAACCAUUUCGGGAUAUUUCCAUGGAGUAAACCCUUCGGUAACUAGCUGGACCAAAAUCGCAGCAGUUCUCAAGAGCCACUAUUGCGGAAGAAUAAAGGACAUAGUGCCUUUGAAUGAGUGGAUCCAAAUUCUUGAAGCAAGUUCUAUCAACGCAACAGCGGAGGAUGUAAACAAAAAUCCUGCUAUCAAGCUCAUUGAUGCAUAUAAGGGCAUAGCAUCAGGUGGUGGCUACUCUAAGUGGGAUAUGGAGAGAACCAUCGCACACAGUCCGACCAUGAGAAAUCUUGGGCCAGUCGAUGAGGCUUUGAUGAGAAACUGGUGUGACCAGUGGAAUUAUUGAUGUUGAGAAUAAUAUCUGCGAUGAUUUGUUGCUAAGGAAUUAUUUCCUUUACAAAUUUGUUAUCUAAUUAUUG